UUCAGUGCAUAAACUAUGCCCAUAGCAGUCACUGUCUUCCACUUGCAUUCUCAGUUGAACACCUACCUCUUCAUGAUGCAAGCCCAAGGCAUCAUGAUUCGUGAGAAUAUGAGAACAAUAGGAGCUCAGGUUUAUGAGCAGGUGGUCCGCAGUGCCUAUGCCAAGAGGAACAGCAGUAUGAAUGACUCAGAUUAUCCUCUUGAUUUGAACCACAGUGAAACCUUUCUGCAAACCACAACUUUUCUUCCUGAAGAUUUUACCUACUUUCCAAACCAUACCUGUCCCGAGAGACUCCCUUCUAUGAAGGGCCCAAUUGAUAUAAAUAUGAGUGAAAUCAGAAUGGAGGAUAUCCAUCAAUUAUUCUCAAAAGACCCAGCUAUCAAGCUAGGAGGCCACUGGAAACCUGAUGACUGCCUGCCUCGCUGGAAGGUGGCAAUCUUGAUACCAUUCCGCAAUCGCUAUGAGCAUCUUCCAGUUCUCUUCAGGCACCUUAUUCCAAUGCUGCAGCGCCAACGUUUACAGUUCGCAUUUUAUGUCAUUGAGCAAGCUGGUAAUCAACCAUUCAAUCGUGCCAUGCUCUUCAAUAUUGGCUUUCAGGAAGCAAUGAAGGACUUGGACUGGGAUUGUCUGAUCUUUCAUGAUGUGGACCAUAUACCAGAAAAUGACCGUAACUACUAUGGAUGUGGCCAGAUGCCAAGACACUUUGCAGCCAAGCUGGAUAAAUAUAUGUAUCUGCUCCCUUAUAAUGAGUUCUUUGGUGGAGUGAGUGGUUUAACAGUGGAACAGUUUCAGAAAAUCAAUGGCUUUCCUAAUGCAUUCUGGGGCUGGGGCGGAGAGGAUGACGACCUUUGGAACAGGGUGCAGUAUGCAGGCUACUCGGUGACUCGACCAGAAGGAGACACGGGGAAAUACAAGUCAAUUCCGCACCAUCAUCGAGGCGAAGUACAGUUCCUGGGAAGGUAUGCAUUGCUGCGGAAGUCAAAAGAGAGGCAAGUCCUGGAUGGUCUCAAUAACUUGAACUACUUUCCAAACAUUACGUGUGACGCCUUGUAUAAAAACGUAACUGUUAACCUGACUCCAGAGCUGGCUCUGGUAAAUGAAAACUGAGAAGAGACAAUAAGUUUGCUUUGCUCUUUGCCAAGAAAGCAACAUGUUAGACAUUCUUUUGUAGGUUUACCAAGGACAAGAAAUAUAUUGUCUAAUGAAGGAUCACAGUAUUUUGAAGAAUAAAAUUGAAAGAAUACACACAAAUCGCCUGUCCCAAUCUGAUUGUGCAGCAAGCUCGGGGACUUCACUCGCCUUCCGAUUUUAAGGACAAUGGUGUGACCUGUUGCUCUCAUCUCUGCAUUCCGUCUCCUCCAACAAUCACAAACACCGCAACAGUGAUCUGAUGUGCUUUCUUCUUACGGAACCAGUUUGGCUGAACAACUCUGACUUCUUGAGUUUGGAUGCCAGAAGCAAUCCACUAGGCAACUCCCCUAAUCGGAGAUCAAGUGAAACUUAAAAUGAUACCAUUCUUCUACCUGUAUGUGUUCUGUUUUUUUUAAAAUGACCUGCUUGAAGUAUAUACAACAAAAUCGCUUCUUAAAGAAGUGUAAGUGUAAAUAAGCUGUGUAAAAUGCCUCUUUUUAAUUUUCUUUUACAAUUAAAACUCAAGCUAAAGGUUUACAUAUUAGGAUCACUUAUAUAGACCCCAAUCCUGCAAACAUGUACAUAAUUUUACUCGUGAGCAGGUCUCUCUGCUCAUGUAAGUAUUUCCUGUGAUAUAAAGCUAAAGCACUUGCUGAAGUGUUUGCAGCAUCUGGGUCUGCGUUAGUUGGUUGCUGGGUUCCAGAAAUAAGAGCCACAUCAUUGCUUAUUAUGGAAAUGGAGGGGGCUUUUGGGGAGAAGGGAAGGAUAAUGGAAACCUCAUGAAAGUACAAAAUAUCCAGCUCAUAUCAUUGUAUGAGAGGGAAUGUGUAAAUUAUAGUUCUUAUGGAGUUUUUCCAUUUUAUUCCUGUUAGGUUUUCAUUGUCCGUUGCUUAGAUUCUAGACUAAUUCAGAUGCAUCCCUUCCUCUUCUCCCCUUCCCUCUACAAAAUUCACCAGUAGGCUCAUGUGGUUUCCAUGCAAAAAAUUGCAAAAAUCUUACUUUCCCUCAUCUGUCACUGUCUUUAGUUUUGGGCAGUCAGUUGCGGUUUAUUAAAUCUGCUCCCAAAUUAACAAUGUUCUACAGUGAUUCCUCUAAUGUAACAUUUUUGUUCUAUGAAAUAGUAUUUUGAUAUAUUUAUUGUGGAAAUUGAACAGUACACUGAACUAAUGUACAUUCUAAUUGUAGGCAGAAUCCUUGGUUAUUUUUCUUAGCCAGAGCAAGCAUUGCACAAGUACAAAUAGAGAGCUAGAUUUAUCCACAGAUAUAAAAUCAGAAUGAGGAAAAAAUGAAGGGCAUUCUAUUUCGGAAAACACUGUAGUGCUUGGUUGAUAUCCCCAUUUUCACAUGUUCAGAUUUUUUUCUGAACUGUCCUCCCUGGAUUGUGCCUGUGUUUUGUUUUGUUUUCCCUCCUUGGUUUAAAAUGAUCCAUCACCUACGCAGUAUAUACAAACUCACUUUUACUGGAUUUCUAUCUAGUAAAAGUGUUCUGGGUUGCUUUUUUAUAUGUCUAUUUAUAAAGAUUGUGAGUAUUUCAGCUCAGAAGUUCUUUAACUUUCCUUUAUUGCAUUGUUUGCCUUCUGUUUCCUGAACUCUUAUGGUUUACAUUGUUUUCUUGGUUCCAUGGACAUAUGAUCCCCAUACACAUCUGUUGUGGGUGUGAUUGACCAGGCCUCUUGUCUCUUGAGAGUAACUUAGUUUAGAAAACAUGGAGUUCUUGUUGUGUAGAUCUUAUCAGUUAUCAGCCUGCAUGAGAGGACAGUAUAUCUGCCCUUGAAAGUGCUGGUAAGUUUGGUAAUUUAGGUUUAAAGUCUUGGAAUACAUGUGCUUUACAAAUGUUUCCUGACAUUUAUAGUUUGGUUAAUAUGGCACAUAUAGCAAUAAAAGACUCUCUUGCUUCUGAUUCUUGAUCUCUGUAAUUCUUGUGGAUCCUUUUCAAAUGUUGAACUUCACUCUCCCUCUUAUUUCUUUAAUCUUGAAACGUUGUUAGCAACUGAUGUCUUUAAUGGUGCUUUAAACAAGGAAUGUAUUUCAAAUGGUCUAAAUUCACAACCACAGGAAUUGUGCAUGCAUAUGUGAGUAGAUGUUAGGCUGUAUUUUAGUUUGGCUAAGUCCUUAAUAUAUAUUUGCCAUCUCUUGUGCCCUCUAUUUUGAACAAAAAAGGCAUUACCUCUACUCAGAAAUGCACUCAUUUAAGGUUGACCUGAAAGUGCCCGUUUCACACCUAAUCUGUUUCACUUUUUGCAUUUGUGGGUUUUUUUGGGGGGGGAGGGGUCAGUCAGGUUGAGUUUUUCCCUCUCUCUAAAAUGUGGAAUAUCUUAAAAUGUGCACUGUUAAUCUUAUCAGCUAAGUCAAAUACUGUAUAGAAAUGUAAUUGUUAAAACAUUUUGUCAAGUGCAUGUGCUGUUUUAUGGUGUAAAAAUUCUCAUAGUAAAAAGAACUGUACAUAUACUGGCAGCUGCAAUUCAACAAGGCCACUUGUGCCCCCCUUGUACAUCAACAUUGUCUACUAAACUUACUGGGGGUCGGGGCAUGUUCAAUGCUGAUUUUAACAAGCCAUGUGGGAUUUUAUUUGCUACAAUAUUUAUUUAAAGUUCAUUAUUUUUUUAAAGCUCCUCUUCUAUAAAGAAUUUAACAAUGGAGCAACAGCCACACACUUCUAGUCACUCACUGUCCACGGUAGAAUUAAAUCUUAGAUAGUAUACAUCCAUCAUCAUGGCUUUUGAACUUCUCUUAAGUUUUUAAGAGGUGCCAGGUACAUGUUUGCACUGAAACGUAGUGUUUUAAGAGACACACACAACUUUUUUCAGCAGAGCAAUCCUUUGUAUCAUUACAUUUAUUUACCCAUGUGUUUGUACAUUUUUGUAUUUAAUUUAUGAAUGAUUUUUCAGUAAAAAAAAUACAUAUUCAAGAACCAAGAAACUGCAGUGAAGUCUCUUAUGGU